CAAACCCAGCCGCCCUUCGAAAGACGUGGUCUUUACUCAUCCUCGUCUCCUUCUCUCUCGCCAGGAAAAAGCUCGGAGUUUUGGCGUGGAAGAGAGUGGGACCGUGGUCUUAGGGCUUUGUCGGAGAGAUCUCGGGCCUUUGGUUUGUGUUUCGAUGGCGGCAGGCGGCGGUCCGGACGCUCGGAUCGCCGGUGCCGGUGUUGAAGGGUUUUAUCUUGAUAAGUUUAAGCUCUAUCAGACCCAAUCGAAGUUUUACAUAUUUGGAAGAGAAAAGAGUAAAUUACUUUGGAAAGUGCUAAAGAUUGAUAGGCUGGAACCUUUCGAAUUGAACAUUCAUGAAGACCUCACCACAUACUCGGAAAGUCAAUGCCGUGAUUUGCUGCAGCGAUUACAUGAAGGGAACAGGUCAACUGGGGGUCUAGUGUUUGUCACCGGUUUUUAUGGAAUCAUCGGGUUUGUCAAGUUUCUUGGGCCUUAUUAUAUGUUACUUAUUACUGAAAGAAGGAAACUUGGUAGUAUAUGUGGCCAUGAAGUAUACGCCGUUGCAAAGAGCGAAAUGAUUCCGCUGUCCAACUAUACUGUGUGGUCCAAUAUGGUUAAUUCUAAAGUCGAGAACAGAUACAAGAAGCUCCUAGGCACAGUGGACCUUACAAAGGACUUCUUUUUCAGCUAUUCAUACAAUAUUAUGCAUAGCCUGCAGAGAAAUGUAUGUGAUUAUCAGACAGGACCAGCCCUUUAUGAGACCAUGUUUGUCUGGAAUGAGUUCUUGACUCGCAGAAUUCGAAAUCAUCUCAAGAAUACUCUGUGGACCGUAGCACUAGUUUUUGGAUUUUUCCACCAGGCUGUACUUUCAGCAUCUGGGAAGGACUGUGAGCUGACACUCAUUGCCAGGCGAUCGCGCCAUUUUGCUGGCACCAGGUACUUAAAGCGUGGUGUUAAUGAAAAGGGUAGAGUAGCCAAUGAUGUCGAGACUGAGCAAGUCGUGUCUGAAUACACUCCCAAGGAAUUCCCUGCACGAAUAAGUUCUGUUGUGCAGAACAGAGGUUCUAUUCCGCUAUUUUGGUCCCAGGAAGCUUCAUGGCGGAAUUUCAAGCCUGAUAUCAUAUUGCUAAAGAAGGACCAAAAUUAUGAAGCUACCAGGCUUCAUUUUGAGAAUCUUGUGAACAGAUAUGGAAAUCCAAUAGUCAUCUCGAACUUGAUAAAGACAUGUGAGAGGAAGCCUCGGGAGGCUAAACUCCGUGUAGAAUUUGCAGAAGCAAUUAAUCAGAUAAACAAUGAUUUACCUGAGGCUGAUCGCUUGAGAUUCUUGCAUUGGGAUAUUCAAAAGUAUUGUCGGAAACGAGGCACUAAGGUGCUGGAAUUAUUGGGCGAAGUGGCAGUUCAUGCCUUGAAUUUGACAGGCUUCUUUUAUUGCCAACUGACACCAACUUUAAGCUUUCAUGGGGGUACAAUGUGUCCCAUAUUUGGGAAAGAUGAUGCUGGUGACUUUUCAUGCAAUAGUGAAGAUGAUAGCAGCAGGGAAUCUAGAGGUAACCCUUCUACAUCAGGUUACAGAUCCCCUGAGGAUGAUGUUGGUAUAGCUGAAAGUGAAUCCCCAACAGAUAAAACUGAAGAUGGUGGUUGCUUUGUUGAACCACUUAUGCUACAAAAAGGAGUUCUGCGCACUAAUUGUAUUGACUGUUUGGAUCGCACAAAUGUGGCACAGUAUGCAUAUGGUUUGGUUGCUCUUGGAUAUCAGCUUCAAGCUUUGGGCAUCUUAGACACACCAAAAAUUGAUCUUAAAGAUCCUUUGGCUGAGAGUUUAAUGAUGCUUUAUGAGCAAAUGGGUGACACACUUGCGCUACAGUAUGGUGGGUCUGCGGCUCACAACAAGAUAUUCUCCGAGAGAAGAGGUCAAUGGAAAGCAGCAACCCAAUCUCAGGAGUUGUUCAGAAUAUUUCAAAGAUACUUUACUAAUACAUAUAUGGACACUGAAAAACAGGAUGCAAUCAAUUUGUUUCUGGGGCACUUCCAACCUCAACUUGGUAAACCUGAACUUUGGGAGCUCGAUUCUGAUCAGCAUUACAAUGUUGGGAGGCAUGAUCAUGAUUUUAUUGAUGAAAGAGCUAGGUUAAACAUUAAAAGGUCUCUAUCAGAUGGCAGCAUGAUAUGUGAAAAUGAAAUUCCUAUAAGUAUGCAUCAGACAGGUGAAACAGAAACUUUUGCUGAUACUGCACCAAAACUUUCCAAUUGUGAUGACAGUUUAUCAUUUUCCAGGAAUGAUCCCAUGAUUCCUGUCAGGCAGUUCUUUGCAGAGAAUAUGUGUGGCGCAUAUUUAAACAAACAAGGGUCUGAUGUAUCAGACUGUUCAAAUUUUCUGAACUUUGAAUGGCUUUCAUCUACUGGGAAUUCUCGUGAGGAUUUGUUUGAAAGGACAUCAUUAGGAGAUGAUAUUGAACAAAUACCUGAGGCUGAGGAUGAACCUCACACUAACGGAGAGGAAGCAGAAGGAGCUCAAAUUUCUUGUGAUGUUUCCAAUCAUAGCACUGACGUUGUCAACAUAUUUUCUGAGAGCUUUGUGCAGUGGGUAGCCGAAGGAGACAACUGUUUCACAUUGAUCUGAAGAAAAAAAAAUUAAUCAUAGAUGUCUUCUUGCUUGUGAUUAGCUGCUAACAGUUAUUCAAGUUGAUAAUGGUAUACAAAAGACAAACAAAGACCAGGAAAAAAUAACGUGACUGAAUUUUGCUAGAAUAAUCAGUUGCUCACUGACAUUGGAAGAGAUCGAGCCCGAAAUUUCUCUUCCAGUUGCUAGAGAUGAUCAAAUCCUCUUAACUUUAUCGCAACAUCAGAUAGUUGGUUCUUUCAUAAUUUUCAAACAUAGGUUUUCCAUUUUGUAAAUAUCUCGGAUGUUGCAUCAUAUGUACAAAGCAGCAUAUUUUCAUUAAAAAAAAAUUAUGAAUUUUGUAAAUAUUUACCUUUGAAAUGUCUCCAUUUUAGCUA